UGAACUUUCACCUCUGCCCCAGCAUGGCGGACUCAGGCAUGUCGUCGGCGGAAGAAGUUGAGCGAAGAGUUGCCCAAUAUCUCCGCGGAGAGGUGUCCUUCCAGGAGUUCGAUGCCUUCAGACAGGAGAGGGGGAUCCAAUCGUUCGUACAAAUGGCUCCACAGCCGGGUACGAGUACAGGGGGGCCGACAGCAAGUGGGCAAACUGGUCGGUUGGUACCGCCGACGGGGGAGGGGGGCGGUGCCUCCGAAAACGACGACUCGGACGAUUACUUCGAUGACGACAACUUUGACACCGUAAAAACACGAGACGACAGUGACGAAGACGAAGAAGAAAUGGAAGGCGUGGAAGAAGAAGGGGACGAUUCCAACACGUCUCCGGCGGACACUUCCCUUACGGCAAAGUACCUCGAAGGAAAACUUUCUUUCUCCGAGUUUGCUGAACUCAUGGAACAAGAGGAAGACGAUGGCAAGGAGACGGUGAAGACAGCUGUAGAGCCGAGUAAGAAAGGCGUGGACAUUUCUGAAGCCUUCAGUGUGGAGCUUGCUCUGGAGCAGGAGGAGAGAAAGGGGAGGAAACGACCCAAGAGAAGGAGAGUCAACGAGGUCCCCAAGCCUCUGCGAGGGUUGAUGGGAGAGGCCAACCUGAGGUUUGCCCGGGGGAAGUACGAUGAUGCCAUCAAGAUGUGUAUGGAGGUCAUCAGGCAGGUUCCCCACUGCUAUGAGCCGUUCCAGACUGCAGCCAUGGUGUAUGAGGAGAAGGGGGAUAUGGAGCGCUCCCUGCAGUUUGCUCUGAUAGCUGCACACCUUAACCCUCAGGAUCCCGAAGAGUGGGUCAAGUUAGCAGAGGUGUCACUAGAACAGAACAACAUCAGCCAGGCCAUCACCUGUUACAAGAAAGCCCUGAGAUAUGACCCCAACAACAUCGGCAUCCUCUGGGAACAGGCUAACCUACUGGAACAGACACAGGAGCCCAGGAAGGCUCUGGAGGGGUAUCAGCAGAUACUAAAGCUUCUCCCAGAGAAGGAAGGAAACAAGUACAUGGAUCUCAUGAGGGACAUGUCCAAAACCUACCAUGCCACGGGGGAGACAGAGGCGGCCAUAGAAACCAUACAGGCAGCUUUUACCAAGCACCCCACCUUAGUGACAUUUGAGGAUGUGAACAUGCUGACUGAGCUGUACGUCACCAUGAAGCAGUAUCGCCAUGUGUUGGAGGCCAUGUCCAACUACUGCAGUGUGCAGCUCUCUUGGCAAGGGGGCGUCACUGACACCAUGGCUGCACUGGACAGACUGGGCAUGCCUGACACAGGGAAACAGGAAACCCAGGUGAUGCAGUGCACCAUCCCCCCUGAGACUCCCAUAGACCUGAGCAUUAAGCUAGCGGUCAGCCUGGUCCACCUGCGCUACCUGGCCGCAGCCAGACCACUGGUGGACAUGUUACUGCAGGAGAGUGCUGAGGACAUGGGGGAUCUGUACCUGGACAUAGCUGAGGCUUAUGUCGACGUCGGUGAGUAUGACAGUGCGCGCCCCAUCCUGGCUAUGCUGGUGAACACAGAAAGGUACAACCUGGCAGCAGUCUGGCUCAGAUAUGCUGAGUGCCUCAAUGCACUGGGAAAGACGGAGCAUGCAGUGCAGAGCUAUGCCAAGGUUGUGGAGAUGGCUCCCAGUCACCUGGGUGCACGGCUGUCCCUGUCAGCACUACAGCAGCAGCUGGGCAGGCCAGAGGAGGCACUGCAGGCACUUUCAGAAGGUGCUCCAGCUGCCACCCCCACAGCUGUGGAGACAGCUGCUCAGGUGUCAAGCCAGCCUGGUCCUGACGUGCAGCUGCUGCACCACAAGAGCACCCUUCUGUACUCACAGGGAAGAAUGGAAGACUUUGUGGACUCUGCCCUGCUCAUGUUGUCCAAGUAUUUUGAGGAGGCGUAUCAACAGCAGAACCUACAGCUGGUCGUGACGAAGAUAACAUCCCGCAGACGGAAGUACCAGCUGAGAGCCAUGGUGAAGGAACAGGGGGGAGUCGGGCAGGGGAGGUCGGUUGUGGACCUGAGUGGCAAGCUGAGUUCCAUCAGUAAGCUGGAAUGGUGGGACCUGUUCUGUAAGGCCAGCCGGAGUCUCACUACCUUAGGCAGGACAGAAGAGGUGGAACAUCUCACCAUGGCAGCCCUGGCAUCACCUCAGUUUGAGAGGGAUCUUGCUAAACAGAAGGAGCUUAAGUACAUGAUUCUGAGUGCGUGCUGCCUGAACAAGAACUACCGGAUGGCGUACGUGUUUGUCCGACCAAUGAUUAUGGAGAAUACGGGGGUGAACCAGCUGUGGAAUGUCUUUAGUCAGAUCACCACCAGCAGUGAAGAUGCCCGACAUCACCGCUUCUGUCUUAGACUUAUGAUAAAGAAUCCACACAACAUAGCUCUGUCCUUCCUGAACGGCCACAACUCGUUGAUAUCGGGAACGUACAAGCACGCCCUGGGCGAGUACGUGCGUGCGUACCGCCUGGACCCCAGCAAUCCCAUGAGUCUCCUGCUGAUCGGGGUGACGUUCUUCCACAUGGCCUCGCAGAAGUACACCAUCAAGCGCCACUUCGUCCUGGUGCAGGGCAUGUCUUUUCUAAAUGAAUACCUGAUCCACCGAGGUGGAACACAAGAGGCUUACUACAACGUGGGAAGAGCACUCCACCAGAUAGGACUAGAGCACCUUGCCAUCCACUACUACCAGAAGGCCCUACACAUGGCCCCUCCUGACGUUGGAGACAACAAGUAUUCUCAACUCCUUGACUUGCGGAGAGAAGUGGCCUACAACCUGGCUCUUAUCUACAGUGGCAGUGGAUCCAAGAACUUGGCUAAGAUGCUGUUAGAUAAGUAUUGUGUUGUGUAGUGUCUUCAUCUUGCUGAAGUACCUUUUUCCUCCAGUGUUUCACGGCAAAAAAUGUCUCGAACAUACAUUGCAGAACUGUAUGCCUCUACCUUUUCCCAACACGUUAACAUUGCAUUUACUUUUUUUUUUUGUAUAAAGAUUUGAUAUCAAGUUGUCAAGACUUGAAAUCGUCUGUCAUAUGUUUAAGUACAUGUAUGACACUUACAUGUAUGUAAUAGGAGAUCUCAAUGUUAUAAAAAGAGAAUAUAUUUUUUGUAAUAAAUACCACCUUGUGGUGUAAAAAGGAUCAGA